AGUCUAGACAACAUGUAUAGUUUUUUGAAAGGCCCCGUUAGGAUUAGUGCGUUAGUUAAAUAAUAAAAUGUUCCCAAAGAAAUUUUAUAAAGUCUACGCACUUAAUAUUUUGGAGGAUUUGAGAUUAAAAGAAUAUUUCAGGUAAUAACCGAUUAUGAAGGGAGCGUUUAAACAAUACAAUAAUAUUGAAUAAUAUGAAGAAAGACGUUUCAAGGUCAUGCCGCCGAUAAAGUACCUGGUAAAAGGUUGCGUCCGUUAAAAUAAAACAAAAACAUAGAAGCGCGUACCUGCUUACAUCUGCAAAUGUAUGCCAAAUGUAACUACUUGCAUGCUUAUUUAUUAUAAAGUUUCGCCGGUUUAUAUUUCAAAUGAAAUGAAUGAAAUGGAAAUGAGAUGAGUAUUUUAUUGUAACGACAGACACAGUUUGUAUAAUUAAUUGAAAAUGGAAAACAGAAAAGCUGGCAAAUUCUACGGUUGUAAAAGAAAAUUGGUGUACACAGAUGAUAAUAUACCAGUUUAUAAAUUAACAAUUGCUAAGCUGCCAAAAAACCUUAAAUUGGUAACGAUAGAGCAACAUUUUUCUAAAUUUGGCCAACUUAUAAAUGUGGAGAUAUCGUAUGGAAAAUCUCGAUCCUCUCAAAACCAGUGCAUUUUACAUUAUCAAAAUGCGGAAAACGCAGACGCUGCUUUAAAACAGAAAUAUCAUACAAUCAACCAUCAACGUGUUAAAGUGCAGUCAAUCCCAAGUUGGGAGCAACCUAAUUUAAUGGAAAGCUUAGUUACGAAAUCCGACAACAAUGUGAAUUUACUUACUUUAAACGAUUACUGUUUAGAAAGUAUUUUUCAACAUCUUGACUUGCGUCAGCAAUUACGUCUAUCAUUAUGUAAUUCACGUUUGGAUGAGAUCUUCACAUAUAUGAUUUGUCCACGUUUACAACGAACGUUUUAUUUGGAAGAGUUUUUACAAUUUUCAACACGGGAGCAGCGUCAGUUUCUUACAACCGCGGGUAUAUAUAUGGAACGAUUUGUAAUUGCAAAAGAAUACCAAGGCUUUAAGCCUAAAAUUAACAUAUGUGCCUUUUUGAGAGAAUUCCGCUUACGUAUAAAAAGCCUGCACAUUAUCAAAUGGACGCCGGUUGAUUAUAAGACGUUUCUUACUUCGUUACAACUAAGUUAUAUAGGUGAAUUGGAAAUGUAUCGAUGUAAUUUAAAAGACAUACAUUUGAAACGCUUCCUUAAAUUACCCAAUCUCAAAGUACUCGGUUUGGCCUGUAAUCAUCUGCUAAAGGGCACAUAUUUAAAGUAUUUCGGAAAAUUGGAAAGAUUAAGUUUAUACGAGUGUUGGAACAUUUCCAACAAAGAAUUUUCUCAAUGUUGUCAGCAUUUACAGCUAUGCUACUUAGACAUACGUAAAUGCAUUCGUCUUACAGAAACAGUUGUAGAUUUGUGUAAAAAUUUGGAUACAAUAAAAUUGUCGGGUUUUGUUGAAUAUAUUGUCAAAUUACCAAAAUUAAGGUCAUUGGAGGUAUAUCACUCCAACUCGCCGAUUACAAUCCGUUUUUAUAAUGCUCUUGUCGAACAUCAUGCUGAUAAUUUACGCGAGUUAAAAUUGACUGGUAAAAAUUACUUAAUGCCUCGAACCGUGGCUAGAAUUGUACGUUUGCAUAAAUUACGUACCUUAUGGUUAGGAGAUCAUGCAUACAACGGAUCAGAACAAGUUGUCAAACUUGUUACAAAACUGAGUGAUUUGGAAGAGAUCAGCUUACAUUAUUCCCUACGUAUUAGAGAUCAACAUUUACUGCCGCUCAUAAUUAAAUGUACCAAAUUGAAACGUAUCAAUCUACGUAUGUGUCGUUAUAUCACAAAAAAGUUUAUUUGGAGCACAUUAGAAAUACUAUCACAGCGUAUAGCUGCAGCCCAGCCACUCGUUAUUUUAGUUUACGGUACACGCAUCAAAGCUGAUAUUUUACAGUCUUCUGUUUAUCAUAAAAACCGUCACUUGUUGAAAUUAUUGUUUCAUGCCGAUAAUCCGCUGACGGGUCUUGUGAAUGAAGCCAGUUCAUUUGACAGUAACGAUUUGGAGUUGAAUCGUACUACCCUUGAUACUAUUUAUGUUGAAUUCAUGAAGAAUUUACCUGAAGAGAACCGCUAUGCAAGCGAUUAAGAUUGAGCAUGAAAAAAAACUUGGAUAUUAGUAUUUAUUAAUUUUUGUAUUUCAGAGACCAUAGAUAAUGACAAUUUUUGUGAUUUUUUAAUGAAAAAGUCAAUAACUUAGAAUAGAAAUACAAAAAAGAGAUAAUUUCUUUUUAAUCCACUUUUCCGCGGUCUAAGCAUUUACACGAAUUUUGAUUAAUUUCGGACUCGUAUGAUUUUCUUCAAUGACAAUGAUUUGCAUAUGAUAAAUCAUGUCUAAUUAUUAUUUUUGAACAAAAAAAAAUAAUAAAAAUCAAAUAAUUAUUCAUUUGUGGUUUUUAUUUAAUUUUUUGCUCAAAAUAAAACUUAGUUUUAGUUCAAAAUGUGUAAUGUUCGUCGUUUUGUAAUUAUAGAAAGAAUUUACAUAGUUCAGGUUUUAUUUAGUAAAUAAUAAAUAUUUAUGAUUUUUAUUUUUUGUUCAAAAAUAGCGGUUAUAUUUAUAAUUUUUUUACGCAAAAAUGAUUAUUUAUAAUUUAUUAUAAAACUAGUCAAUAUGGGCAAAGAAAAUCGUAAAACUCGGUGCAUAUUCAUUAUUGACUGAUUUUUUAAAUAAAACUUAUAAUAAUUGCGGUCUCUUUAUAUUUUUAUUCCAGUUUUUGUAAUAAAAGUAAAUGAAUAUAUGUACAUAUACAUGUAUUAUUUUAUUUAUGUAAUAAAAAUAAUAUUUAUAAAAUAUACUUA